UAUCCGCCUUUUCUCGCAACAUAGCUAUGUAGCCAGCAAGCUAUUUUCUUUUAGCAAAGAUCCUACAAGUUGCAUGAGGCGCCAAUAAAGACACGCCGGGCUCGUAUUUCAAUUCCGUCCCCUCCCUCUAUGACAAUACUGAGGGUAGGCGAUUGACGUGGCAGAGAUUCCGGACAUGACACACAAUUUUACAUCAUCUUGCGAAACUGAGCCGAGUUCCUGCCACCCUCCCGGUCGUACCUAGUACCUACGCAGCUGUGCGGAACACGUAUACCGCACAGGGCUACACCGCUUGCCUGCUCCUCGGAAAACUCAGCCCCUCCGGCAGCGACUGUGCCGUGCUGCCGUCGAAAUAAAAGAUGUGGUUGUUCGUGUUCUCCAGCCUCCUCUACUGCUUGUCGGCUUAUGAAGUGGAUUUCAAGAAACUAGAGGGUUUGGCCAAAGGGAAGGUGGAGACCUGCGGAGGGUGACAGUUGAACCGCCUGAGGGAGGUCAAGGCCUUUGUGACCCAGGACAUCCCUCUUUAUCACAACCUGGAAAUGAAGCACAUUCCAGGGGCUGAUCCUGAACUGGUUCUCCUCAAUCACUAUUAUGAAGAGCUGGACAGGAUCCCACUGUCGGAUAUGACUCGCUCCGAGAUCAACAAGCUGCUGGGGUCCCUGGGCUUCUACAAGAAGGCCCAGUCCGAGGAUCCGGUCCCAGAGGAGUUCCGCUUCUCCCCGGCCAAGGGGAGCCCCUGGAAAGACACCCGCGAGGCGCCAUCUUCCUCCACCCCGGCCGCCGAUACGCCGGCCCCCUCAGAGGAUCCAGACCCAGGGGCCCAGCACCCUGACCUGUAACCCCGAGCCACCAAUCAGGAGCGAUAUGCCGGCUGCGAACAACCAGACUUCCUCCACCGGGCCGAACCGCACGUACUCGCACUCUGACAUAGCGCACGCGUCGUUUUGCUGUCGUUUGUUAUCUCAGAUAAAAUGCUGUUCUCCUGUGCAUGUCGGAUGUGUUAAAGAGGCCCCCUGCGUCUGCUCUUUGCUCACGCGUGUCUGCUGCUGCGCCCCACCUAACGUGGAACAGAAUGACGCCCUGGGCCGCAAAUCGCUCGAUUGGCUAGGGGCUGAUGAUGUGUGUUCUGGUGGGUGGGGCUCAGAUUCACCCGGGACAUGAAGCAGAAGCAGAGGUGUGGCCAACAAUAAAAUCACUGAAAAAUG